UUUCCUCUGCGCCUUCAUAUGUUUGUUUCCGGAGAAAAUUUUCCCUAGUUAAAUCUUCCUCUUUUUCCCUCCCAAAUUUCCCUGUCAUUUCGGCGGCAACCAUAGCGGUUAACAUCGGAUAACAUGAACUUCAGAUUUCAGAACCUCCUCGGAGCUCCGUACAGAGGAGGCAAUGCUAUUGUCGUCAACAACAACGAGUUAAUCUCCCCCGUCGGUAACCGAGUCUCCGUCACCGACCUCAUCAAAUCCCAAACACUAACUCUGCCCGUCCAAUCGUCUUCCAAUAUCUCCCGAAUUGCCGCCUCGCCGGACGGGGUUUUCCUCCUCACCGUGGACGAGAACCGCCGAUGCCUCUUCAUAAACCUUCGCCGGCGAGCUGUGCUCCACAGGAUGACCUUCAAGCACUCCGUCAAUGCCGUCAAAUUCAGCCCCGACGGCGCUUAUAUAGCCGUCGCCACCGGUAAGUUGCUUCAAAUCUGGCGGUCUCCGGGUUUCAAGAAAGAGUUUUUCCCCUUUGAAUUGGUUAGGACUUUCGCGGAUUUCGACGAUAAAGUUACGGCCUUGGAUUGGAGUCCGGACUCGAGUUAUUUGCUCGCCGGAUCUAAAGAUUUGACGGCGAGAUUGUUUUUCGUGGAUAAGUUGAAAUGGAACCAGUUUAGGAAUAAGCCGUUUAUGUUCUUAGGUCAUAGAGACACCGUUAUGGGUGUGUUUUUCGGCGUUGAUAAGAAAUCCAAUCGGGUUUGCAGAGUUUAUACGAUUACACGCGAUUGCUUUAUCUUUAGUUGGGGUUUUAGCGCUAAUGAAGGUGAAUUUGAUGAAAUGGAAGUGGAAACUUCAGAACCGCCGUCGCCGGGUACGCCUGAAAGGGAUCACGAAGAGAAUUUGGAAGAUGGUGGUAAUGGUAAUUUGAAGAAGAGAAAGGAUUAUAAAGGCAAAAGUGGUAACUUGGAUGAAGAAGGCGGGUAUUUGCAGAAGGGGAAAUGGGAGUUGUUAAGGAAGGACAAUCUCAAUCAGGCCCCGGCGAAGUUGACCGCGUGUGAUUAUCACCGAGGUCUUGACAUGGUGGUCGUCGGGUUCUCGAAUGGUGUGUUUGGGCUGUAUCAGAUGCCUGAUUUUGUAUGCCUUCACCUGCUGUCGAUAUCGAGAGAAAAGAUCACAACAGCGGUUUUUAAUGAGCUUGGGAAUUGGUUGGUGUUUGGGUGUGCGAAACUAGGACAGUUGCUAGUGUGGGAAUGGCGGUCGGAGACUUAUAUACUGAAGCAACAAGGGCAUUAUUUUGAUGUAAAUUGCCUUGCAUAUUCACCAGAUUCACAACUCUUAGCUACUGGAGCAGAUGAUAACAAAGUCAAGGUUUGGAAUGUCUCCUCAGGAUUUUCCUUUGUAACAUUUUCUGAGCACACGAAUGCGGUAACUGCUCUUCAUUUUAUGGGCAACAACCACUGUUUAUUAAGUGCGUCUCUGGAUGGAACUGUUCGCGCAUGGGAUUUAUUCCGCUAUCGGAAUUUCCGGACUUUCACAACCUCUUCUCCUAGACAAUUUGUUUCUUUGGCAGCAGAUCAGAGUGGAGAAGUUAUAUGUGCGGGAACUUUAGAUUCAUUUGAGAUUUUUGUAUGGUCAAUGAAGACGGGACGUUUGUUGGACAGUCUUAGUGGUCAUGAAGGUCCCGUUCAUGGAUUGACGUUUUCUCCUUCAAAUGCUGUCUUGGCUUCAUCAUCGUGGGACAAAACAGUUAAGCUGUGGGACGUUUUUGAAAGAAAAAGUGCUGUUGAAACAUUUCCUCACACGCAUGAUGUUCUCACCGUGGUUUACCGACCAGAUGGAAAGCAGUUGGCUUGUAGUACAUUAGAUGGGCAAAUUCAUUUUUGGGACCCAAUAGAUGGUGUAUUAAUGUAUACCAUUGAAGGACGUAGGGAUGUUGCUGGAGGGCGUCUUAUGACAGAUCGCCGAUCAGCAGCUAACUCGAGUUCAGGAAAGUGCUUCACAACCUUAUGUUAUUCUGCUGACGGAAGUUUCAUAUUAGCCGGGGGAAGCAGCAAAUACAUUUGCAUGUAUGAUGUUGCUGAUCAGGUACUGCUCCGGCGGUUUCAAAUAACUCAUAAUCUCUCUUUGGAUGGAGUUCUUGAUUUCUUAAAUUCAAAAAACAUGACGGAAGCUGGGCCGUUAGAUUUAAUUGACAAUGAUAACAGUGAUGUCGAAGAAGGUGUUGACAAGCAAACCCGGGGAAAUUUGGGUUAUGAUUUACCAGGAUCCAUGCCUAACCAUGGAAGGCCAGUUGUUCGAACAAAAUGCCUGAGACUUGCACCCACCGGUCGAAGCUUUUCAGCAUCAACAACAGAGGGAGUUCUUGUUUAUUCAAUUGAUGAUACCUUCAUAUUUGACCCCACGGAUCUUGACAUCGAUGUCACACCUGAGGCAAUUGAGGCAGCACUGAACGAAGAUCAGCCAAGUAGAGCUUUACUUCUUAGCCUUCGCUUAAACGAGGACAGUUUAAUUAAGAAAAGCAUUUUUGCUGUCAGUCCGGUGGAUAUCCCCGCUGUUGCUUCAUCAGUUCCCCACCGAUAUUUGCAGAGGCUAAUCGAGGCACUCGCGGAUCUUCUAGAAAGUUGUGCACAUCUGGAAUUCAUACUCCGGUGGUGUCAUGAGCUUUGUAAAAUUCAUGGUAACUCUAUCCAACAGAACUCUCGAAAUCUGCUUCCUUCUUUAAAAUCCUUAGAGAAGGCAAUCACCAGAAUACAUCAAGAUUUAGCAGAUACUUGCUCUUCCAAUGAAUAUAUGCUCCGUUAUUUAUGCUCGACAAGCUCCAAGAGAUGAGCUAUAUGUCCUUAAUUUUUGAAGUACUUGUUGUUCUGGUGCAAUCUGCCAGUGAAACCAAGAUGCUAGGUUCCAGCUAGCUGCCAACCUCAGGUGUGUCCCAAAGCUGACAGGCAUUUUCACUCUGCUGAUGUGGGGCUGGGAUUGCUGUUUUGCUGUACUUGAGAGUGAAGAAAAACUAAUGAAAAGAUUUUGGUCUAUAAGAAAUGUUCCUUGAGAUACUUUUAUUAAUGUCAAGUUUGGAGAUCAUAGUUCUCGAUUUACCCCAUGACCAGCGAAAAGAACAGAUAACUGUGUAUUUGAGGAAAUUUAUUUUAAAAGGGGAAAAAUAGCAUGGAGAAAAAUUUCGACCUCCUAAUCGAGUGUUAUUUUGUCAGAAUAAUGAACGUAAUUCUGAGAAUUCCGGAAUUUGCGUCAUUUCAAAGCCUAACAUGAACCAUUAGUGUAUUGGAAAUUAUGCGAGCUCUGUUGGGUAUACAAGCAAAGUCAAUUCACUGCUCGAACUCGAAGUUCACUUGCUGAUCAUAUCAAAC